AUGUCGCUUGAUAAUCGUACAUUACAAACUGUGGGCAUCGCAGGUGCCGCUGCUUCUGCUGUGAUGGCUGCAUUGAUGGUGAAAUACCAUGAUCGUCCCUUGUUUUACGAGCAUCCCAAGGGAAUCGCUUACAAAGGAGGUCUUCCCAUCCUUGGUAAUCUUCCCUAUUUGCUGGGCAACAUCCACAGACUGUAUGAUUUCCAGCUUGAAAAAUUCGAAGAAGUGGAUGCACUUACCAUGACAAUGCCUGUUGCAGGAAAUGUCAGUUCUAUCUUUACCAUUGAUCCACAGAAUGUCGACUAUAUAUUAAAAGGCAAUUUUAAAAACUACCUGAAGGGCCCCAAGUUCAACUGGGCUUUGUCUGAAUUGCUGGGUAAUGGCAUUUUUAAUGCAAAUGGCGAAAAGUGGAGAUAUCAACGCAAAGCAGCAAGCCACAUCUUUAACGUCAAAAACUUUAGAGAUGAAUUCACAGAUGUGUUUGUCAAGGAGAUGCUCGUUAUGUGCGAUCAAAUUUUGGAUAAGUCAGCCAACGAAGGCUCAAUUGUUGAUUUCCACGAGCUCAUGUUUAAAUUUACCUUGGACUCCUUUGUCUAUCUUGGUUUUGGUGUUCAAUUAGAUUCGCUGCUCAAGAAGGAAAAGGUGCCAUUUGCAGUGUCAUUUGACUAUUUGCAACGAUUAGGUGCACUUCGUUUUGUCGAUCCCCUUAUAGGCAUAAAAGAAACUGUUGGCAAGCUGUUUAAUCCCGGCAAGAUGUCAACAGCCGAUCAUGUACGUGCGGUAGAUGGGUUUGCAGAAGAAGUCAUCAAGCAAAGGCGCAAAGAAAUCGCUGAGGGUGUCGAUGGCCACAAGGAUCUGCUCUCCCGUUUCAUGAACGCUGUCAAUGAAAAUGGCGAGAAACUAAACGACACUGAGCUGCGUGACACUGUACUUAACUUUAUCAUUGCUGGCAGAGAUACCACAGCCCAAGCAUUAUCGUGGCUGUUUUAUAACUUGUCGCUGCAACCUCGUGUUGAAAAGAAGAUCAUUGACGAAAUUCAAGACAAGAUAUCUGACGAUGCUGAGAGAGAUUCGCCUGCGUUGUAUGAGAUUAUUAACAACAUGCCAUACCUCCAUGCUGUCUUCUAUGAAACCCUUCGUUUGCAUCCCUCUGUCCCCUCAAAUCAAAAGUACGCUCUUGAAGAUGACAUUUGGCCCGACGGUACUGUCGUUAAGGCUGGCUACUAUGUCAGUUGGAGCCCUUACGCACAAGGAAGAAGCACCAAGGUAUGGGGUUCCAAUGCCAAAGACUUUUAUCCCGAGAGAUGGAUUGAUGAAGAGGGCAAUUUGCGUCGUGAAAAUGCUGGUAAAUGGCCCGCUUUCCAUGCUGGACCUCGUAUCUGUUUAGGACAAAAUUUAGCUACUCUUGAAGCAUUGGUUUGUGUCGCCAUGUUGUUGAAGCGUUAUACGUUUAAAUUGGUUCCUGGUCACCAUGUUACCUAUGAAUUCUCAUUGACUUUGCCCAUGAAGGAUGGCAUGAAGGUGUAUGUCGAGAAACGUCGUUGA